GUAAUAAAGUUAAAAAUCGUUAUAAUUGAUAGCAAAAGUGAGCAUGUGCCAUGUAUGUAUGGUAAAUUGGCGGAGAUGACCACUGAUGAUAAGUACCUAUCAGUAAUAUUCGGUGUACCGAGAUGGAUGAUAAUACAAAUUUAAUAAAAAAAAUAAUAAAUUGUUAGUAAAGUUAUAUGAAAAUAACUAUUGUGUCGGAAUUAACAUAAUAUUUAAUAUUUUAUUAAUAAAUGCAAUAGAUUUAUUAUUAUUUUUUUUAAUAGUAUUGCUAAAAUAUUUCCACUGAUACAUUACAUAACUGUGAUUCCCACUUUUUGGAUACACUUUUUUUCCUAAAUAUUAUCUCAGUACUCACCAAACUAACAACGAUUCUGUCAUUUCAUAAUUUACUUCCAUAAAAGAGGAUUGAAUUUAUUAAUGAAUAUAAUAUAUCAAUACUACUGAUGAUAUUUCGAAAUGAACAACAUCUAUGGCGUACUUCUUUUCCUAUACAUCAAUCUCGCUUAUUCUCAAAACUCGCUAUAUAUAACACAUAUUACACUAAGACUUGUAGAUACCGAGGAUGAAAUGGAUUUGGAUUGUUCAACCAGACAUUUCCGAGAACACCAUGUUUUAUGGAUAAAGGUUACAAAAGAUCAACUAAAUGCAUCUAUUGAACUCUCUGGAAGUACACUUAUUGUCAAAGAUCCAAAAAUUUCAUUGAUAACAGAAAUAAAGCAAGACAGCAGUCGAUACAAAAUACAUAUUCAUAGUAUUCAGGAAGAAGAUGCCAGUAUCGUCUAUCGCUGUGAUCUUAAUGCCAAAAUAUCUGCUAACUCCACUAAAUCAUUAGUUGUAGAAGAAGCACAAUCAGUGGAACUUGGAUGUUUUGCUGGUGGAUAUCCUUAUCCAAGAGUUUUCUGGAGGACACGUAAUAGCCCAUUUUUAUCUAUAGGUAACAUUUUAGAAUUUCCUGCUAUAAAUAAAAGAGAUCGUGGAAACUACUACUGUAUAGCUGAGAAUGGUGUCAAGAAUGAUACCAGCCGUAGGAUUUCCAUAGAAGUAGAAUUUCCUCCAGUUGUAACUACUCCACUAACUAGAGUAGGACAAGCUGUAAAUCAUGACGCAUAUCUUGUAUGUUGUGUUGAGGCAAAUCCUCAACCAGCCAUCUCUUGGAUAUAUAAAGGAGUAGAAAUAUCUAAUAAUCAACAUUACUGGAUAUCAAAUUUUGAUUCUCCUCGCGACAAAAUGGACAGUAGUUUACUUAUAAAUAUUAAAAAUUAUCUUUAUGGUGAUUAUAUCUGCAAAGCAUCAAAUACUUUGGGAGCUGCUGAAAUAACAAUCACUGCUUAUAAAACACUAUAUCCACAAUGCCAUCCUCACUGUGGAGAUUAAUCGAUAAAGCAAGCUGCUGUCUUUUUAUAGUUGUAGCUGUUAACCCGUAUUAUAUUUAUAUACAUUUAAUUUUUUUUUUCUGUCCAAAACCAAUGUAUUAAUGAUGAAAUAAUAAUAUUCUAAAAUAACAUAAUAAUGAUUAAAAUUUAAAUUAAUUUAAAAAGACACCAUUUUAUUUAAGGUCUUAAUUAAAUAUAUGAUAAGUUAGUAAUGUAUUGUUUUAAUGUAUUUAUGUAAUUACAUUUUAUUUUAAUACUCAUACAACUGAUUAAAACAGUUGUAAUGAAAAAUUGUAAGC